GCGCCAUAAGCCGUAGCCAAUCAGAGACGCCUGCUGGUGUUACGGAGAAACAACAGCGGAAAGUUGGGUAGUGGAGAGAUAGCAGACACGACUGAUAACAGAAACAUACGAAGUAAGACAUCGCUACAAAAGUUGGCAAAGCAUCAUGAAGGAGGACAAGGAAAACACGCGACCCAGAGAAAAGAAAGUGGAAAUAAAAUGUGACGAAAUUGAGAAAGCAGAUAAGCCAAAUAAAGAGAAGAAGGAGGCUAUGACAAAGAUUGUGAUCCGACGUCUCCCUCCAAGUCUUACUAAAGAAGACUUAGUGGAACAACUGCAGCCUCUUCCGGAGCUGGAUUACCUGGAGUUUUUCUCUAGCGAUACUAGUCUUUUCCCACAUCUGUUUGCAAGAGCCUAUCUGAAUUUCAAAAAUCAAGAUGACAUAGUUCUCUUCAGAGACCGGUUUGAUGGAUAUGUCUUCAUCGAUAGUCGAGGUCAAGAAUAUCCGGCAAUUGUUGAGUUUGCACCAUUCCAGAAAAUUGCUAAGAAAAGGAGCAAGAAGAAGGAUGCCAAAAGUGGAACAAUUGAAGAUGAUGUUGAUUACAAAAAGUUUUUGGAGUUCUACAAUGGUGACGAGGAAAAAUUUCCUUCCAACCCUGAGACUUUACUCGAGGAAAUAGAGGCCAAGACGAAGGAACUCAGUGCUAAAAAAACAACACCUCUCUUGGACUUCCUUAAGAAUAAACAGAGGAUUAGAGAAGAAAAGAAAGAAGAGAGGAGACGGAGAGAACUAGAACGUAAACGCCUGCGAGAUGAAGAACGGCGCAAGUGGAGAGAGGAAGACAGAAGAAAAAGAAAAGAGGCUGAGAAAUUGAAAAAAGGAGAAAAGGCAUCUGACAAGGAUAAGGACCAACCUAAAGAUGAACUGCCAAAAAUCAAGCUCUUGAAAAAAACUGAGAAAGCAGAUGAUGGUGAUACUGAGAAGCCAAAGGACAAGCCCAAGAAACAAGACCGAGAGAAACAGAAGGAAGAUCGACCUCCAGUUGGAGGAGACACAAAGAAGCGUCAGAAUGGUGAACACAGAGAGGAGAAAGGGGGAAAGUCAGAGGAUAGUGGGCAUAAAAAUUACAGAGAUCGUGAUGGAGACCGAGAGCGAGACCGGGACAGAGAGAGAGAGCGAAGACAGAAAGAAAAAGAACGAAUCAGAAGGCAGGAUGAAGAACGGAGGAAAAGAGAACGUCAUGAUGGAGAAAGCACCUACAAAAAGAGAGAUGAGGAGGGGAAGAAGGACAAGGAGCGUGUUUGGGAGAAAAGAAAGAAUGAAAACACUGGAGAGUCCUCCGUUAAUGCUCACCCUGAAAAGCCAUCAAGGGACAGCAAAAAAGAAGACAGUGCCAGAAAAGACCGUCUGAGAAACAAGGAUCGGCCUGCAAUUCAGCUGUACCAGCCAGGGCGAGGAGCCGUAACCGGGGCGGAGGAGGAGGAACAGGAGGAGAUGGACCGGCAGCGGAGAAGAGAGCCGAGCGGGAGCCCAAGAACACUCAAGAGAAAGCUGCUGAGUGAGGAAACAGCUCUGUGCUGGCAUAACUUGAUGUCUCGAGAGAGGAGGGGCUCUGUUCUAAUCAGGACAAACACCUCAAAAACAUGGUGCUGCCAUCAAAAGAAAUCCCCCCACUUUAAAAAAAAAAACAACUCUCUGUCAAUGACACGAGAGCACAUACAUGUUGCCCUCCAGUGCCUGAAUGAGCCCCCCAAAGUUUCUGUUCAUGAGCAAAGCAAGUCCUAACCGACGGUUAGAUUUGAGAGACUGGGCUUAAUCACGAGAGAAGCCAAAGCGAUUGGACCACGAUAACUCAAAGUGACCUUACUUUUGGUACACAGCCAAACGUGUUUUACUUCACAUGCUUUUCUGUUUCAUAGUUUAUAAAAGGUCUGAUCCAGCUUGCUUAUGAUUUCUCACUGUUCCGUUUUAGAAAGAUCUUUCGCGCCUUACCCAAAACCUACUAUCAUUUCAGACAAUCAGUAGUAAAUUUGUGUUCUUUGAGCAUGGAUGUAGCCUGCAGCUGUUUUACAGAGCCUGCUGAUCUACGAUGUUUCUGUUCUGAUUAGGGAUUGGUCAGGUGGAAAAAGAGCCAUGCUUUAUAAUGCUGAUGCCUUGAUCACUGUCAGUUCUUUUCUGCAAGUCGACUAAAUUAUAUGCAAAAACAGAUGUGGCCUUUUAUAGUUUUGGAAUUUAAGCAUAUCUUACUACUCAGAAAAAUGCAACUUCUGGUUAGCUUGGUAUGGAAACUGUGCUGUCAUCCAAUUGUAUGUUCCAUUGUAUCUAAUCCAUAACUCAAAACACAGCUUGUUUUCCUUUUAUAGUUGCAGCUUUGUCAAAAUGUGAAGAGUAAUAAAAAAACAAAACAAUAAAUGAACAACCUAUGUGUUA